AUUAGUGUGGAGGAAAGUUUUGAAUAUGAGGGCAUGAACUAUGUGAUCGGAGAUGAUUAAGCGGGGGCAUAUAAAUACGCAAACACCACCGACGGAGAAAUUCAUCAGAUCCGAAAUUCUCACCUUUUUCUCUCUACGGAAAGUCCCGUUGGACUUGCGAAGAAUUGCAUAUCAUUUCUCUCCUUUUUCCUUCAGCAUUAACCCCCACCGUUUCCCCGCGCUCAGCUUUCUGAUCCGGCUACAUUUUCCAGGGGUUUGGAGAAAGCAUUAAGGCUUGGAAUUCAUAAUGUUCAGGUCCCCUCGAAGGAAUCAGAGAUCCAGAGGCUUCAAGGUGAAGCAUGCCUUACAGAUAUGUCUUUUGCUUGGGGUUUGCGUCUGGCUUGUUUACCAAAUUCAGCAUUCUCGCGGUAAAAAAGCUAGUUUCGAUGAGAGAACAAAACUUGAUGUUGUGAAACUAGGGAGGAAGGACCUCCAUCCUCGAGUCAAUGAGAACCACAGAGAGGAUGAGGAAGAAACCAGGAAUGAAUUGGAAAAGGGUACGUUUGAAAGUGAUAAUGAAGAAAAGGGCAGUGGGAAUGAUGAGUUUCACGAUCAGCAAGAAGUUCAAGAGGAAUCUGACAAUAAAAAUUUUAUGGUGGAUGUGGAGAAGGAGAGAGAGGAGACCAGUGAGAUUAACGAGGAGACAAAAAUCGAAGUGAACAAAGAAAUGGAAAACGAAAACAAAGGAAAUGAAGAGAUUAAAGAGUUAGGAAAUGAUGAUAAUGGGGAGAUCGGAAAGAGUCAAGGUGAAGAGCAUGGAGAGGAGGGUAGAGGGGGAGGAAACGAAGAGAAUGGAAAUGAAGAAUACCAAAAAAAGGAAAAUCAGGAAGAGAAUGGAAGCGAAGAAAGCAAAGAACGUGGAAAUGAAGAAGUAACUGGACACGAAGAAAGCAAAGAACAGGAAAAUCAAGAAGUGAAGGGAAAGGAUGAAAACAAUGAACAGGAAAAUCAAGAAAUGAAUGGAAAGGAAGAGAGCGAAGAACAGGAAUAUCAAGAAGUAAAUGGAAAGGAAGAAAGCAAAGGACAGGAAAAUCAAGAAAUAAAUGGAAAGGAAGAAAGCAAAGAACAGGAAAUCCAAGAAGUGAAUGGAAAGGAAGAAAGCAAAGAACAGGAAAUCCAAGAAGUGAAUGGAAAGGAAGAAAGCAAAGAACAGGAAAAUCAAGAAGUGAAUGGAAAGGAAGAAAGCAAAGAACAGGAAAAUCAAGACGUGAAUGGAAAGGAAGAAAGCAAAGAACAGGAAAAUCAAGAAGUGAAUGAAAACGAAGAAGGCAAAGUGAAGGAAACUCAAGAAGUAAGUGGAACUGAAGAAGGCAAAGUGAAGGAGAAUCAAGAAGAGAAUGGAAAUGAAGAACGUAAAGUGGAGGAGAAUCAAGAAGAAAAUGAAGGUAAAGUUAAGGUAAAUGAGAUGCCGACUGAAGAAAGCAAAGAUAAUGAAAAUGAGAGAAAAGAGAGUGGAACUGAAGAGAAGAAUGAAGAACAAGAAGUAAAGGUAAAUCAAGAAGAGAGGGGAAGUGAAGAGACUGAGAAAAAAGAAGGCAAUAAUGAGGAGACCAAGGAGAAGCAGGUAGAGAAUGUUAAUCUAGAAACCAAAGAGGACAGCCGAGACACAAAGGAAGGUUCCAGGGAUACCCUGGGAGACAACAGUAGCGACAACAAGGAAAACAAUGAAAAUGAGACAGACGCACAAGGACAGAAGGAAGGAAGUAUUGAAGGUGUAGUUUCAGCUGAAGAACAGGUUCAAGAUGGGAGUGAUAGGAGUAAUGAUGAUGCAAGAGAAGCACAAUACAAAGAAGAUAAUGCUUCCAGUGCCAUACAUGAAGCUCAAAACAUAACCACUGGAAAUGAGCAGGAUGGUUUUGCAAAAUUAAACGAGGUAGAGUCAGUUGAAAAUAAAGAAAACCACGAGUUUCAGCACGAGGAUGUGAGGCGGAGUAGCGAAGCUGUUGAUUCCAAUACAAAUGAGUCAAUCCAAAAUGGAAGUAAUGCUGAGAGAAAUGGAAACAAUCAAUCUGAGGUACCAGAAGAAGUGACCAAUAAUAACAAUGAAGAGCAGCCAGUAUCCACGGAUAAUGGCCGGCACCAGGAUGAUUCAAUCACUUCUAAUGAGAAAACUUCUGGUACAAGUACAACAAAUGAAACUGCAGACAGCAUCACUGUUGAUCAAGAUAUCUCCACUUCAAAGCAUGAUGCUGCACUUGAAGAAAAAAAUCAAUUCAAUUCAUUGCUCAGCGUCACUGAUAACACAGAUACUUCAAAUGAAGGAUCCAAAGUGUCAAAUACUUCUGAGCCAGAUGAAUCAGAACGACAAGUGAGCCACAAUGAAAAUGAAAAUGAAAAUGCUGGUCAUAGUAACUCAAAUGACAAUUCUUCAGGUCAACAGAAUGAUCAUGGUAAUUCUUCAGAUGUGUCAAACCUCCAAGACAAUAAUGCAUCCUCGAGCACUGUAGAAGGUGCUGGCGCAGGACAGAAUGACAAUGAGAAUGUUGAUCAAAGCAAUGGAAACUAUAACAAUCACCCAAAAGAACAAUUUGACUCCCACGAUGAGGGUGUCACAUUUUCUAAUACAAACAACAGUGAGGACCUGGCUAACACCGGUGAUUCUUCAGGCUCAUCUUUGCCUCAAGAAGAGAAGGACGCUCGCACAGAUUUGGGUACCUUACCCGAAAGCAGAACUGAAGGGAAUAACAAUGAUGAAACAGCCGCAAAGUGACAUCUCCAGCUAGCUGUGGUAACGAUAUCCUCUUCACAUGGAAUUACGUCAUUUUGUUUGUUUUCAGUUUUGUAAGGAUCUUUAUGCUUCUGUUUCGGAAAUAUAUAUAUAUAUAUAUAUAUAUAAACACACCCAUAUAUUUUUUGGCUUUGCUGCUGAAAAAGUUUGGAAAGCUAGGAUGACUUUUGAGCAUUUGAUGCUUCAGAUUAGGACACGGUGGUCUUUUGUGAGUCAAUUUUAGUAGCACUUUUUGUAAUCUUCUCUCUCUUCCUUAAUGUUCGUGUAAUCUCAUGAUGCUGCUUGGUGGAACACCUCUCGGUAUCAUUUUUCUCCUAUCAUAUGCAUGUCUAUAUUUAAUAGAAGGAUCUUUCUCAA